AUGGUCAUGGGAACGGACUCCAAAAUCACCAAUUUGGUCAACCAUUCUCAUGGCAGCUCCGGGUCGCCGCACCAGUGGAUGUCGGUCGUUCCACGAUUUCCGAGUUAUCGAAUCAUGCUCUUUACUCCGACGGAGAUGGAACUUUGGCCGAGAGUUUCGGCGCGGUAUCCUGUCGUGGAUAUCAUUGUGCGGCGGUCGCGUGGUAGAUUUUCGAGGUCGUUCAUCGUCGGUGCGGUGGAGUGCUUCCAACGAGACUUCAGCAUUGAGCUUUGUGAUUUGCUCGACGCGGCAUUCUCCCAUGUUUGCAGCGAUGCGCACAAGACGAAAAUGUUUCUGAAACCAAUUGGCGGUAAAGUUUCUCAGCUUGUGGCGAUCUCUUACACGAACGCAGUGGGUGAUGUAGAAGAUUCGACGGCGAUAACUUCCGUGAAUACAAUGGGCGUGGGUGGACCAGCGUUGAAGAAACGGCGUGUACAAGUGAAGUCCUCCGGUAUGCACAAACAUUUUGCAAACUUGGUCGACGAGGAGGUUACAGAUGUGGCGGUAUCGGCACAACAAUUGAUGAUAGGAGACGUUGCUUGGGAGCCUAAAUGCAGUUUUGCCUCAAUUGUCGACGACAUGCUGCUGUAUCUUGCAAUAUUGGGCGGCAAGACCUAUCCGAGCUACUACGACCGAGUUAGUGGCACUUAUCACUCAACCAAGCAGAUCUUCUCGAUCGUAAAUCCCGACGAGUAUGUAAUCCAUGAAAACACGCAAGCCCCGACCCUCGAUUUCAAGAGAUAUGAGAACAUGGUAGCUCACGCAAUUUUCAGUUCGUCGCGAAGAAAUGGAGUGCGAGGGAUUCCGUUCAGCGACUUUUUGCCUUGCUUCCUUGGUGAAUUUGAGGAUAAGAUCUGGAUGAAAGAGGUUUUGAUGGUGGUGGAAACAGAAUCCGAUUCAAAUGGCCGACUAAUUGACGCGAGCAACUUGUUGGAAGGUUACGAUGCCGGAGGCCUAGCAGAGAGAACGAUUCCGUUUCUCGCUCCCCCCAACACUGAGUGGCCGCAGCCCAUUCUUGACACCAAUACUGAUGGUGGUUGCAAGUUUGGUCAUUUGAUUCGCACCGUCAACGAGGAAAGAUGCGAUGUGUACGUGCAGGAUUUGGCCAAGAAAGAGAAGGCCAUGUUUGUUUGCGAGUGCAAGUACCGGGAGGAGAAAAUCGAUGUCGGUGUGGUGACAGGUAUCCUUGAUGGCCUCCAAAAAAGGUGGGGCGAAGAGUGGAAGGUUGUGGUGGUGAUCUGCACAGAGCUUACAAAUUUUCGCGCGUGGAAGCGUCAGAACAUUGGCUGUGUGAAAUUCAAGCGGAGCAAGCGUGCUGGAAGGAUGAUCGCCAACUGGGUUUUCCAGCCGAAGCCGAAGGAGCGAGAGAAGCUGGCGAUCAUAAUCCAGACGGGGGUGAUAACGUGA